GGAAAGGCAAGUCGCGAGCGCUUGUAUGAUUCAAGCGACAUCGAGAAGUGGGAUCAACUGGUGGUCUGGUUCGAUGAACGUAUCGCCAAAGCACUGCGGGCCGGACUUGCACCCCCGGAAGGGUUUCCGCUAGCUACUGAUAAGCUGAAUUUGGUUCAGCUGAGGACACCAGCGCCGGCUGCGAAUGAACCACCUGUAAUCUUCUCUGAAGAUCUCAUGGACUUCUUUGAGCACAACGAAGCAGCCCCUCAGACAGCCUCCCGAGAUGUUCAGGAAGCUCGUGUGGAAGAAGAGUUAGAGCGAUGGAUUUCAGAACCUGUAGCAAUGAAUAGCGACGACAAAAAUGGAGCUGAGCACAUCCUUACGUUUUGGAGUCGCCAAACGAGCAGCAUCUACCAGUUUCUCCCCACGGUUGCUCGUAUAAUAUUCGCUGUCCCAACAUCAUCGGCACAGAUCGAGAGAGAUUUUGGAGUCAGUGCCUUUGCUAUCGGAGACUGGGGCACUACCGUGUCCACGGACUCGCGCUGCACGCGCUCUGAAACCCUCGACUACGGUCAUGCCGAUUACAUCUGCUCGCGUGUGACAGUAGCCAAAUACAGCAACUUAAACAAGCUCAUCACGGCUCUGGAGAACAAAUUGAAUUGGCAUCAAGUGUACACGAGUCCCAGCGACCACUGGGUGCUCAAGGACCACGUCUACGUCUGCACGACCGAAGCCAAGGACUCCAGCGGCGUCAGCAUUGACAUCAUCAGCUUCGACUCGGGUGAUAGCGACGUCCACGCUGCCCAGCAGGUGUGUUGCCCGUGCGGCUACUCGGAGGGUGGCGCCGACUUCUGCGCUGGCGGAGACACUGACUACGACACGUACUGCGCACGGACAACAAAAGACGAGUCUUGGCAUUUCCUGGAGGGCUAUGUAUCGCCCGUCAUCGCUCCCGACGCGUACAAACGACUCUGCAACGAUCUCGCAAUCGACUCUGCUCCUUUCAUCGGCGCUGAUUGCACAUUUGAAGAUGCAACAUGA